AAUGUCUGUAUUUGCAUUCCUGUUUUUAUAGGAUCCUUUGGUCAUACUAUUAAAAAAUAUAAUUCCCUUGGUGAUCUUGUUCAAGUCUUGGGUACCCCAGGCAAAAAAGGCACUGGUUUGAAUCCCCUGCAGUUUGAUAACCCUGCAGAAUUAUAUGUAGAGGACACAGGAGAUAUUUACAUUGUGGAUGGAGAUGGAGGAUUGAAUAACAGAUUGAUCAAGUUGUCCCAAGAUUUCAUGAUGCUUUGGUUGCAUGGAGAAAAUGGGACAGGGCCUGCUAAGUUCAACAUACCUCACAGUGUUACAGUUGAUUCAUCUGGCCGGGUAUGGGUUGCUGACCGAGGAAAUAAAAGAAUUCAGGUAUUUGAUAAAGACACUGGAGUGUGGUUAGGAGCAUGGAAUAAUUGUUUCACAGAAGAGGGACCUUCUUCAGUCAGAUUUACUCCUGAUGGGAAAUAUUUGAUUGUAGCCCAGCUGAAUCUUAGCAGGCUCUUAUUUGUGGCAGCACCCCCAGUGGGAAGCAUUGGCUACUGUUCUGUGAUAAGCUCAAUCCAACUAGCAGAUCAAGUUUUACCUCAUCUCUUAGACAUCAGUGGAAAGACUGGAGCAAUAUAUGUAGCAGAAAUUGGAGCAAAACAAGUACAAAAAUACGUACCUUUGAAAAGCUAAUUUCCUAUAAUUCCAUUUAUUAUGUAUCUCUCCCUGGAGAUCUUUCAAGUGAAGGUUCAGAUUCUCAAAUUCACUGUUAAGUAAUGUUCAAGCGCAAUAAUUCAUGUUUUUAUUUUUAACCGAUCUAGUAUCACAAAAUUUGUUUUUAUAAAGUCAUUAAGAAUUUUAUGUUGUGUCAACCAUUCUUGUGACUUGAGAAACAAAUGUAACUCUAAAAAACAUGGGGUCAAAAGAGGGACUAAGGUGGAAACCUAGUUAUUUGUCCUGAUAAACUAAUUAUCCUUGGGAGAUGGGGGAGAAACAAAAAUAAAAAAUGGGUCUUUCAGAUAA